AUGACAAUAAAGCCGAUGGCCUUCCGGACCUUGCUGAACGAUCCUCGUCAGAUUGUGAUCCCUCUCUUCCAGCGCACGUAUUGUUGGAGUGACGAUCAAAUCAAGGGCUGGUGGAACGACAUCAUGUCGCCCAAAACCUCCCUGGGAUUCCAUCUAACAGGAAAGGCAAUCUUCAAGGAACGCGAUGGUUUUCUUGUGUGCUUGGAUGGGCAGCAACGUAGUACCACCACUUCCAUUUUGCUCUCUUCGCUCCGAGACGCUGCUCUCGAGUUAGUGGAAAGUGGCGCAAGCUUCAUGACAUUGGUGCAUGAACUGAAUGCACUCCUUUUCAAGGAUCCCAAUCGGGUUUAUGAAUGGGCAGAAGGCCAGGUGCAUGGCCGCGAAGAAGAGAUUGACGACGGUAGCGCCCAAGCCUUCGGCAUGCCAAUCUUGAUGCCUUCCUUUGAGGAUCGCAUCCCUUUCUUCCGUGUCAUUACUGGAGGCAUCGUCCGUUAUGCGUACCUCCAGGCAGGCAAGGUAUCGAACAUGCAGGAAAAGGAGGCGAGCAUUUCGACGUCGGUUCAGUCACGAGCCAAGGGCAUAUUCGACAACCAGCUUCGCAGUACACUCAAGAGGCACCAAGGAGCUGCGGCGAAAGGAGAGCUUUUGGCAGGGCUUGUCCGAACGGCGCCAGAUGUGAUGUCGAUUACUUUCUGUGAGAUACUGAAUGACAUCGAGUUCCCACAAGUCUUCCUAUGGCUGCAAGAGAAGAGCUUGUUUUCAAUGGGUUCCUUGCUGCACAACCCAGCCCCCGGUGUUCCUUUCCGCGCUGCCGACUUGCUUCGGAACUUAGUCUUAGCCCCUUCCAUGCGUCUAUCCUUGCAAGAGCAGGAGCUUCUGUACCGCAAGCACUGGUUGGAGCCCUUUGAAAGGGCAAACGGAGGAGCCGCCAAGCUUGACCCCAUAUUAGAUGCCUUCCUCGCUAAGAAGGUUGAUCCACAUCGUUCGAAGAGACAUGUCUCCAGCUUGGAGCACUUCGCCGUCUCCUUUUUGAGCUCGCCUGCAGGCACAAUGGUCUCACAGAAGACGGAUCUUUCGGGUGUGCUAAGAUAUGCCCGGCUACUGUCCUUUGCCGAGGCCUGCGAGCUGCGCCGACAGGGCCGGGAGCUGCCUCAGGAGGGACCUGUGGCCCUUAGCCAGGAGACCUGCGAUCAGCUCGUGGCGAUGUUGAUUGACUUCGCAAGAAAGCUGGAGAAGGAGAUCCCUCCCGUCCCGGCCUUUGAUGGUGCAGAUCUUCAGAAGCAGCAAUGGGAGAAGCGGCUGCGCCAACUCUGA